AUGUGGAGAGUUACUAGCGUCUCAGUAGCCUAUUUGUAUUUAAUCGCCAUAGUUCAACCAAUUCUAGGUGUCGACAUUCGCAGUGUCCAAUUUUUAAGCAAAGGGAUUCCAAUUUCUGGAAAUCUUUAUAUUCCUGAUAAUAUUGAAACGGAUUCAAGCCUUCCAGGUAUUGUUGUUGGUCACCCUUGGGGUGGUGUUAAAGAACAAACGGCUGGCCUCCACGCAAGACAACUAGCCGAACAUGGGUUCGUUACUCUCGCGUUUGAUGCAGCAACUCAAGGCGAAUCAGGCUCAGGUACAUUACCAAGGUUAAUUGAAGAUCCUUAUCAAAGGGUUGAAGAUAUAAAGAACGCAGUUACUUUCCUGUCUGUGCAAGAUAGCCUCGUUGAUAGUGAACGAAUCGGUGCAUUAGGAAUUUGUGCUUCUGGGGGUUAUGUUUCAUUUGCUGCUCAAACAGACAAGCGUAUAAAGGCUAUCGCUACUGUUAGUGCUUUUGAUGUCGGCCGAAUUACACGUGAACCUUUUGGUGGUGGCGAAAUUCAAUACGAUACACUCAACGACAGCCUUAAAAGUGCUAGCAACAAUAGAACUGGUAUCGAAAAGGGUGCUCCUCCAACAAUAGCAUGGAACACACCUAAUUCUACAGUCACUUUCACGCCAGAGACACCAACAUUAUAUCAGGAAGGUUAUGAGUACUAUCACACACCACGCGGCCAACAUAAAAAUGCUCCUAUGCUUUAUGUUCCAGAGAGCGUCGAUUUGAUGGCAACGUAUAGCUCUUUCGCUUUCGUAGAUCUAAUCGCACCAAGGCCAUAUUUGAUGAUAGCAGGCUCGAUCGCUGAUACAUUAUAUUUUAGUAGAGAUGCAAUCGAAAGAGCUUUGGAGCCAAAAGAACUGUUUUUGGUUGAAAACGCUACUCACAUUGAUUUAUAUGACCAUUUGGAUGUAACGUUACCAAAGUUAGUUGAUUUCAUGAGCCAAAAUCUUUAA